CCGGACCCAGAGGCAGGGGGAGCCCCGGGCAAGGCAGCGCCGGGCCCGAGCCGCGGCCGGGGACAUGUCCAACCAAGGGGCUCGGAGGAACGGGCCCGUCAAGCUGCGGCUGACAGUACUGUGUGCAAAGAACUUGGUGAAAAAGGACUUUUUCCGACUUCCUGAUCCAUUUGCUAAGGUUGUGGUGGACGGAUCUGGCCAAUGCCAUUCUACAGAUACUGUGAAGAAUACACUUGAUCCAAAAUGGAAUCAGCAUUAUGACCUGUAUAUUGGGAAAUCGGAUUCAAUAACAAUCAGUGUGUGGAAUCACAAGAAAAUACAUAAAAAGCAGGGAGCUGGUUUUCUGGGCUGUGUGAGACUUCUUUCAAAUGCAAUUAACCGCCUUAAAGACACUGGUUAUCAGAGAUUGGAUCUGUGCAAGCUUGGGCCAAAUGACAAUGACACUGUUAGAGGACAGAUAGUAGUAAGUCUUCAGUCCAGAGACCGAAUAGGCACGGGAGGACAAGUCGUGGACUGCAGUCGUUUGUUUGACAAUGAUUUACCAGAUGGGUGGGAGGAAAGGAGAACUGCUUCUGGAAGGAUCCAGUAUUUGAAUCAUAUUACAAGAACAACUCAGUGGGAACGACCAACACGGCCAGCAUCAGAAUACUCCAGUCCAGGCAGACCACUGAGCUGCUUUGUGGAUGAGAACACUCCAAUUACGGGAACAAAUGGUGCCACGUGUGGGCAGUCAUCAGAUCCCCGGCUGGCAGAGAGGAGGGUCAGGUCGCAGAGGCACAGGAAUUACAUGAGCAGGACACAUUUGCACACACCUCCUGAUUUACCUGAAGGCUAUGAGCAAAGGACGACUCAGCAAGGUCAGGUCUAUUUUCUGCAUACUCAAACUGGUGUUAGUACGUGGCAUGAUCCAAGAGUACCCAGGGAUCUUAGCAACAUCAAUUGUGAAGAGCUUGGUCCACUGCCUCCUGGAUGGGAGAUCCGAAAUACGGCAACAGGCAGAGUUUAUUUUGUUGACCAUAACAACAGGACAACGCAGUUUACAGACCCGCGGCUAUCUGCUAACUUGCAUUUAGUCUUAAACCGCCAGAAUCAACUUAAAGAUCAGCAGCACCAGCAGCAGCAGCAGGUAGUGUCCCUGUGUCAGCUGCCAGAUGAGGCAGAGUGUCUGACUGUGCCAAGGUACAAACGAGACCUGGUGCAGAAGCUCAAGAUCCUGAGGCAAGAGCUGUCACAGCAGCAACCUCAAGCUGGCCAUUGUCGUAUUGAGGUCUCCAGGGAAGAGAUUUUUGAGGAAUCCUACAGGCAAGUCAUGAAGAUGAGGCCAAAAGAUCUGUGGAAACGAUUAAUGAUAAAGUUCCGUGGGGAGGAAGGCCUUGAUUAUGGAGGUGUUGCCAGGGAGUGGCUCUACCUGUUGUCACAUGAAAUGUUGAAUCCUUAUUAUGGUCUCUUCCAAUAUUCCCGAGAUGAUAUCUACACACUGCAAAUCAACCCAGAUUCUGCAGUUAACCCGGAACACUUAUCAUAUUUCCAUUUUGUUGGACGGAUAAUGGGGAUGGCUGUGUUUCAUGGACACUAUAUUGAUGGUGGCUUCACAUUGCCUUUCUAUAAGCAGUUGCUAGGGAAGCCAAUUACGUUGGAUGAUAUGGAAUUGGUUGACCCUGAUCUUCAUAACAGCUUGGUUUGGAUACUUGAGAAUGACAUUACAGGAGUCUUAGACCACACGUUUUGUGUAGAACACAACGCAUACGGGGAGAUUAUUCAACAUGAGCUAAAACCCAAUGGCAAAAGCAUCCCAGUGACAGAAGAAAACAAAAAGGAAUAUGUCAGGCUUUAUGUAAACUGGCGAUUUUUACGAGGAAUUGAAGCUCAGUUUCUGGCUCUACAGAAGGGAUUUAAUGAAGUAAUCCCACAACAUCUGCUGAAGACAUUUGAUGAGAAAGAGUUAGAGCUCAUCAUUUGUGGACUUGGAAAAAUUGAUGUUAAUGACUGGAAGGCGAAUACUAGGUUAAAACACUGUACACCAGACAGCAACAUUGUGAAAUGGUUCUGGAAAGCUGUGGAGUUUUUUGAUGAAGAGAGGAGAGCACGACUUCUCCAGUUUGUGACUGGCUCAUCCAGAGUGCCUCUGCAGGGCUUCAAGGCAUUGCAAGGUGCUGCAGGCCCACGACUAUUUACAAUACACCAGAUCGAUGCCAGCACAAAUAAUUUGCCGAAAGCUCAUACCUGCUUUAACCGAAUAGACAUUCCUCCUUAUGAAAGCUAUGACAAGCUAUAUGAGAAGCUGCUAACUGCCAUUGAAGAAACAUGUGGGUUUGCUGUGGAAUGACCCUUCACAGGCUUACCUGAGACUCUAUUUAUACUCCUGUCAGCCGGAAUGCCCUUCCCUCAUCAAGACUCGAGAAAUGCUUGAAAUACAGGAAACUUUCCCUUUUCUACACUAGGACACUGUGAGGGAAAGGACAACUUUGCAAUUUUUUUCUUUCAAGAAAAUAGGUUCUGUGGUUCCUGCCAUAGGAUCAUUCAGCUGCUAUUAAAAACUAAUACCUUGAACAUACAGAAUGCUGACUUUUCCUACAUUUCAACAGUUAAGCAGUAUUCUAUACUUAAAGACUACUACUAUUUUUGUAAAAGGUAAUCUAUUAUAUUUGCCUACCUGAUUUCUAUUCUCAGAUACCAAGAAACAACUUCAGCAGUCGGUACAAGUCACGUUUCAGCCUCUUUUAAAUGUAUGAUACUGACCAGCAUCUAUACCUGCUAUUUUUGGAAAAAAUAUUUUGGAUUAUUCUAACUUUUUGCAUAAAAUUGGCUGAAAGGAUCAUUAAUCUUUUUAAUUAAAGCCACUUACAUGUUACUGCAUUUUCUUAUAGUAAAACAUUAUAUUCUGCAAUGUACAUUCAACUAAUGUUACCACAGGGAACUUUUUUUAUAUUUUUCAAGCAUGAAUCACGAAAAUGAUGUUUUGGGGCCUAUUUAUAUUGCUCGUCAGAUUCCUUAAGCAAAAUUUCUAGUGUGAGUGACACAUACUGCCUUUGGUACAGUAUUUGUGUUAGAUGUGGAAUAGACCUUUUUUAAUGAAGAGCAGACGUUUUGAUUUUUUUACGCAGCAUUUUUCUAACGAGUCAAGAGUAUUUUUUGUGACUUUUGACUUUAAACACUGCAUUUUUCAACUUCGUGUGCGUGGUGAUGAGGUAACAUUUGACAGCAGCAACCUGUUUGCAGUUCAUUACAGAACCCAUCCUACCCAGCCGACCAAAGCUUGUUUGAAUGCAGCCAAAUCACAUAAUAUAUUGUGGAUGCUAAAGAUCUAUCAGGUAAAACAUAAUUUAAUCUUUGUCUAGCUGCUCGUGACACGUGGGUUUGAGUUACAACUAAGGAAAAAUGGCAGUAAAACUAAAAAUGUUGUAUUAACUGAAAUAUGCGAUGUGCUUCAAAAAUGAGGUUUUAAAAGCACAUAAUUUAUUGAUUGUAGGGAUGGAAGUAAGUAUAUAUAUGAAUUAUAACAUGGGUUGAUCUCUGCAAAGGGGAAUAAAAUGCACUACCAGUGGAGGGAACUGAAUUUUGAAGUAAGUUUGGGAAAUCUCAGUGAAGAUCCAUAUAAUCUGUUCAUGGUGUGUAGAUGAAUGGCUCUACUUAACAGGCAGUGGCAUUCUCCUCUCGGUGAGGAGCUUUGGAACAGGCAGCAUUUUUUUUCCAAUCAGUGUUGUUUUUUAACGUAGGUUACAAUCAAUCAUCAAGUCUGCACUAUUUUUACACUGUCAAUAAGAAGAAAGUGAAGGGUAUUGGAAAUGCUUAAACACCGGGAUGUAAACAGCAGUGUGAGUCACAGUGAACUGGCUCAUUUUCUAUUUGUUCCUUGGAGCUUGAACUUCAUUUUGUUCUGCCAAAUCUGACUGCCGCAGUGAGUAAACUACUACUGGAUGUUGUGUAUUAGAACAGUGGGCAAUGGACUGCUUUCUAGAAUUGUGGUAAGAACCUGGUGAGCCAAAUCCACAUGUUCAUUUGAUUAUAUAUAUAUUUUUGUACAGCUGUUGCUGGAAGGUUUGUUCUGAAAGACUUGCUUCCUUGUUCUGGGCUGGCUGCAGGGGUGAGGCUACUUAGGGAUGUAAACAUAAAGCCAAGAAACUUGCUGUAACAGCCAGGUUUGAAAUAUAUCAGGCCAUUCUUCAUUUCAAGGGACUGUUGCACUCCUAAAACGGCUGGUACCUUUGUUAAGUUAGGGAGCCCCUACUAGAGAAGCCACCACUGCAUUUCUCCAGUUUUUCUGGAAAGCAAAGCAGGAUGUUGCCCACUGCGUUCCUUACUUGUUACUGCUUCCUGAGGUUGGGGACCACUGUGUGACAUAACUCCCAAAGUCCUCUUCUCGCCCAUCAAGUUUGGAGGUCUGACAUGAAGCUCUCCUGACACAGAAUCAAAACAUGGUUGUUGAGUAAGGGAUUUAAUUCUGCUCUUGCUCAGGCUGUGGCUGCAGACACCCUGAUCGUGGAAGCAUGCCAGAUGUAAAAUCCAGCUCGAUCCAGCUUUUGGGAGAAGUCGGGGCUCAGCUGGUGACUCCAGGGGAAAGGUACGCUCUUCUCUUUUCCCCAGGCAGUCAACCUCAGCACUAUUUAAAGGCUGUUUCUGUAGUGUCUCCUGACCACAGCGUCUGUACCCUCCUAGGAACCUCUCCCUGCCCACCUCCUUAGGCUGGUUCAUGUACUGAACACCUGGUUGUGGCCACCUUUACAGCAUAAAAGCAUUUCUGAGGAGGGAGGAAAUGAGCUCUGCAGAAUGUAGAGUGCAGAUCAGCUGAUAAAUACCAUUCAUUUUCACAGCAGCCUUAGCAGUACAUCUGUUUGUUCUACCAACCAUUUUGAUAUGGCAUAGAGAAUUGUUUUUAAAUUGUCACAGAUAAAUAUUGUAAAUUUAAUAUAUUAUAAGCAAACCUAGAUGAAUUUACAUUUGACUUUCCACAGCUGACAGAUGAGGUUGAAUAUACCAAGUAUUUUGAGUGCCUUUCUACCUUUAUAAUGACUGAGAGCUUUAACUAAAGCACCUCAUCGCUCGCGUUUAUCAGAAAACUUUAGUUGAUGCCUUUGCAAAAUUGUAUUUCAAGAUCACGUCAGCUACUUUUGCCCUCAAAAAGGUGCUAAGCCUAAUAUUGCAUUUUAACCUUGGACUUUCACCCCAUGAUUAAUGUGAAUAUUUAUUUCAAUGUGUCCCUCUUACUGGGUUUUACUUUAUCCAGUCUUUAGUUGUUUUAGAGAAAUGUCACAUCAUGGUUUUAUGCUGUUGCUUUUCAUAUGAAUGUUUAAUUAUGAACAGAACUUUUGUAGAUUUCAGAUAUACAGUACACAGUUGAAUUUCAGAGGAUUUAAUUUCUCGGUGUAAAGAGUUUUGUAAUGGUGCUUUGUACAGUAUGUAUUCUAAUUUUUUUGCACAUAGUUUCAGUUUCCCUAAACUGAUUUAUUUUUACCAAAUUGUUGUGUUGUACUAAAGUCCAGAGCACACAAGCUGUUUUUAAAUUCUUGUCCUACAACACUACAUCUGUAUAGAACUUCUGGUGCGUUUAAACUAGCUGCAUUGAUGGAAGUAAAAGCUUUGCUUCUAUAUCAUAAGAAUGCAUCAUACAGCUUAAUGUAGCAUGCUCCAAGUGCUUCAGAUUUUAAACUGCACCACCUAGUUACCAGGUGCCAUUUGUUGUACUUUACACUAUGUAGUAGGUUUCUGGCUCUACCACAUCCUCAGAGCUUCGUCUGUAGCUGUAAUUAGUUUAUACAAGUGUAAUUACUCCUCCACAACCUGACAGUUCUUAGUUUAUCAUUUCCAUUGUAUUUAUUACAGAGUGUUUUAGCAUUGGUAUCAUUGUAUUUUCACCCAGCUGUUACAUGAGCUUUAACAAAAAAAUCUGUAUAAAAUGGUUUUUAAGUACUUAAUGUAUGUACCCAUGCAGAAGUUGAGCAAUAAAUUGUAUGCUGUUUGCACUGUCACAGCAUCAAUGGUUUAAAAA